AGGACUUCGCGAGGCGACCAGGCUUGCCAGUUCAUGCUUACUGAUGCUACAUUCUUGGACUGGCUUUCCAAUUUCUCGGGAACGGCAAAUCUUUUGGCUAUCAUCGGCCACAUGGGCAGUGGGAAAUCGGUACUGGUAUCGUUCUUGAUCGAAGAGCUGAAACGCAGAAAUAGGGGCCAGAUUCCCGAGCCAAAGGUGUGCAAUUACUACUGCCGCGACGCUAGACCCGGUCUGGAGAAUCGGGUUUACUCUGUGCUUCUGUUUCAGCUCCUCGAACAGCUGCCCUGGUUGAAAGAACCGUUCCUUAAAUGGUACAAAAAAGAAGUCGAGUCAGGCAAUCAUCCUUUGGAGGACGCAAGCAUACUCGAAGAUUACCUGGAAGCGCUCUGUGGCCUACUUGAACGACCGCUCUUCCUUGUCAUUGAUGGAGUAGACGAAUGCGACCCGGACACAUGCAGGAGCAUCAUCACCUUGUUGCGGAGACUCUCCAAAGGAAACUUGAAUGUAAAGAUUCUGCUGUCUUGUCGCCCAACCCAGGAGAUUGUCAAGCAGCUGGAAUUAAUGCUCCAAGUUCAUCUUGUCGCCAGCGACGAAAGAGAUCGCCUCAUUGUCGAACACACCGUCCAUAAGCGACUGGAAAGCUUGUCAGAUGAAGUGAAGAACGAGAUCGUCCGAGCAGUAUCGAGUGCCGCUCAAGGCAGUGCCAUCUGGACAAGGAUGACGAUCGAAUCGAUUGUCAAAGAAGAGAUCACUCAGCUUCGACCAAUACUCUCGUUCCUACAGAACAUGUCCCUACCUGGAGGUCUCGCCGAUCUAUACAAGGAUCUUUUACCACCCGCAACGGAUGCUGUCGGCUCUCGCAAGCGAAAGACUGCCACCGUAGCUCUGAUGAUUCUCUACGCCGCCCGCAGACCUCUAAGCAUAUCAGAACUGGGCUGGGCUACAGCUUUGGGUACAGCUCCUCAAAACACAACAACGGUUUCGGCUCUUGCAGUGCUGGUGGAUGCUCCAAGGAUUUUGCGGUUGAUCCGCCCCUUUCUUGCGCCAAUAGACUUCGACGACCUGACCAAGCGCCAGAUCUUCUUGGUGCACAAAUCAGUGGAAGAAUUUGUUCUGGAGAUCGUCAAGCCACCGCACCAGCACCCUGAAAAGUGUAUCUUUGAUAUUUGUGUCCGAUACUUGUUGCUAGAUGAAAUUGGUCAUUUCCAUCUCCUCUCGGAAGAGCAGAUUCUCAGCAGCGAACUACGGCAGGCUACAGACUUGUUCGCGGACAGUCUUAGUGGAGCGCAAGAGUACAACGAGGACUGCGAUUGGGAUGAAUGGGAAGCUGACGAGACUCGCUUUGACCCCACUGAAUCCCGGGCCGGUGCCGAACAUGGCUUUGGUCACUUCUUCGUGUACGCCUCAUGCCACUGGAUCGAUCAUCUCGGCGCAUUGGACCUGGAGAACCUCGCGCGAAGAGGCGAUAUAGAGCGCCUUUGUCAUGUCGGCUCAACAUGGCUGCGAAACUGGAUCGAACAGCACCGACGCCCCGACUGCGUUCUCAACCCAAGAUUCACGUUCGACUACAGUCUUUACGACCCUCUCAGCAUUGUUGCGCUAUUCGGCUCCGAUACCGUCUUCGCCGAUAUGCUAGCCAACUCGGACUUCAAAUCUUCGAGCUAUAGCGCUGAAACGAUAGAGAACGCUGCCGCUCAACUUCGUCAGUGGGGUGGCAAAACUCAAGUCACCCGAAGUCGAGGCAGAGUUCAGGCACGUCAAUUUGGCAGCCAGGGCCGAAUCGCAGCGCUGGAAGACGCUGUGCUACGACAAGCGUCAUGA